ACAAUGCAAUAGGCAGGGAGACGUGGAGGCUGCUCCCACGGCCGCUGGCAUCGCUGCUGCGGUCAGAAACCCUCUAUUGUCAGCCCUGGGGGGCCCGGCCCCGUAUGGGGGUGCGAGGAGAGGCCCAGCAGCAGCAGGGCCGGGUUAGGGGCCGUCUCCUGGUCCUGCUGGAGGAGGGGGGAGUGUCACCUGGAGGGGCAUCCAGCGCUGCUGGGGCUCAGGUGGGGAGCGGGGAGCUGCCCUUUGACCCCCCAGCAGCAGCGGGGCCAUGAGCUCUCAGGAUGAGCAGUUCCAAGCAGCAGCCCCCGAGUCAGCAUCUUCCUCCGCCGAUGAUGGCAUGACCUGGUGGUACAGGUGGCUCUGCAGGAUUGCCGGGGUCAUCGGGGGCGUGUCUUGCGCUGUUGCUGGUCUCUGGAACUGUGUUACCAUCAACCCACUGAACAUAGCAGCCGGAGUGUGGAUGAUGCUCAACGCCUUCGUCCUGUUCCUGUGCGAGGCUCCGUUCUGCUGCCAGUUCAUCGAGUUCGCCAACGCCGUGUCUGCGAGGGCAGACAAGCUGCGGGCCUGGCAGAAAGCUGCUUUCUACUGCGGGGCUGCCUCUCUCUUCCAGGAUGGCUGUGUUCCCUGUCAUGCUCAGCCUGACGCUCACCACUCUCUUUGGAAAUGCCAUUGCGUUUGCGACCGGGGUGCUGUAUGGCCUGUCAGCUCUUGGCAAGAAGGGAGAUGCCAUUUCCUACGCUCGGAUCCACCAGCAGCAGAAGCAAAUGGAUGAAGAGAAGCUCACGGGGUGCCUGGAGGGACAGGCUCUGUGAAGUGCAUGAGCCCAGGGUGACCUUUUGGACCCUGAGAUGGUGGUGAAGAUUUGGAAACCCACUCUGCCCUCCCCUCUGCUCAACCCCUCUCCAUCACUCCACGAUUUCCCUGGACACUACAGCAACAACUGGAGCUCUCAGGGCCGGGGUGGGCUGUGCCCCCCUCACACACCAGCAGUUGGACCUCAGUGCUUUGGCUGCUCCCUCCUCCUGCCCACUCAGAACCAAAUAUCUCAUGGUCCUUCUUUUUCUUUCUUUCUUCCUUUCUUUCUUUUCUUCUUUUUUUAUGGCAGGGGUGCUGGCCCUUUGAGUGCUGCUGUAUAAGCCUAAACACGUAGCCUUUCUCUGGUUUUGAUGCCCAUCACAUUUUGCUGGGAACUGUGUGUGGGCAGCACACUCUUUGAGGACUGCUCCGGAGGUCUCAUGCCCAGGGUGCUGCUGCACGUUACACAUUUAGUGCAGCACACUCUGGUGUGGCUCAUUCCAGGCAUAAAACACGGAUGCAGUGUUGAGCAGUACCUGCUGAUGCUUGCAUUUGGUGUUCAUCAUCAUCCAGGUUUUAAUAUAGGUCCAAUUAGGUCGGACAUUGGAGGCAUCUCUGCACAGUAAAGGACUUCCAGCAAAAAAAACAACCAUGCAUGAAGACAGUGAUGCCUCCAGAGGAGAGAAGCACAGUCUGCCCUUCCUCUGGAUACAGCUUCAGGCAGAUAAUGCAAUUUACUUGAAUUAUGACCAUUAAUUACGUAGUCUUAAUAAGGGUACUUUUCUUCAGCUUCACUCUUUUACUGGGGAAGAAGGGAAGCGAGGCUGAAAAAGGGUGGUGUUGCUUGAGGCAAACAGAGGCAGUUUGCAGGUGGGAUGGUUGUUGAUGUGCAAGUGAGUCCCCUCUGAGCCCAGACAGACACUGCUCUGUUCUCUCACUUCCUGUGUCUGCUCCUGCAGUCUGUUCUGAGCGUGGGACCUGCCCUUGGCUUCUGUCUGUACAGCCUUUCUCAUUGGGCUCAUGCCUUUUUGCAUCAGUCCCAGGCUGCUUUUGUAUGGGAAGGAGGCAAAUCCUUGCUUUGCAAACAGGAAAAUCCCAUUUUUGUGGGGUGCUGCUUUAUUCCCAGCGCCGUCAGCAGUGCUCCCUCUGGAUUCUGUUUGCUUUGUGUCAGGCAGAACAGAGCUGCUCAUUGUGUCCACAUCUCCCACCUCUCACCAUGGUUUCUUCUGGGGGAUGUGUGUGUGGGAGGGGGGGUUAAUGGUAUUAUUUAUGUGAUUGCCUUCUGUUUUACUUAGGAAAAGGGAGAAUAAUUUAUUUCUGCUUAUUUAACUAUUUUGAUGAGACUCAUCAGAGUGCAUCAUCUCAUUCCAGGGGUCUCUGGAAAUCUUGCUGUCCUUUGAUCCCUUGGUCUGAUUGCAGUGAUGGGAGAUGGCUCUCCCUGCUGGGCCUGGUGCUCAGUGGAGGCAGGCAGCAGCUCCGGCCCUAUACCUGCUGCCUGCUGGCACCUCAGGGUCCCCUUUGUGUUAUUGGGGUGCCAUGGGGGUCACGCUGUAGUUUGGGAAAGCUGCUGCUGGAGGGCACUGGUGCACGUGGGCAUUGCAGCAGCAGCAGUGGUGUCCCUGGAGGCCAGGGGGUUAAGCUGUCAGCGAGUGCUCCUUGUUGGUUCUUUUCUGGAGCUCAAGGAGGUGUGAAGAUUUGCACCAGGCAGGAAUCUGGUGUGGGUUGAUUUGCACGCACAGGGCCUUGCAGCUGGAUGCUGGGCAGCCACUUUGUGCUAAGCCCUUUUCCCCCCGGGCCUCUGUGCUGUAAUUGCUCCGACACCACCUUGUCUGGUGCACGGAACUGCCUGCCCAGAUACAACGUGGUUUAAUAAAAGCUUUGCUGUUUCUGAGCCCCCCAGUUCUGGGCUGGUCCUUUGGCUGUGUGCAGUAUGUGGGGUGUUGGCUUUCUGUAUGUGUGUGUGUGCAGGGACUGCAACCUGCUGUACAGGGCAUGCUGCCUUGGCUGUGGGGGGUUGCAGGGACCCCUGUUAGCAGCCAAGGCCUCUCUGCUCCUUGCAUCCCUGUGCAGCAUCAUGGAGUGGUUGCAGAGCAGCACCCUGCCCAAUGAGCAGAGCACCCGCAUUUGAUUUCAGGGGGUUUUCAGUAGUUUAGUAGCACUUGGUAGAGGACCAUUGCAGAUGGAGGCAGCAAUAUCAGGGUGAGCACGUCUGCAGUGGGCGCUCCUGGGAGCUGUUGCUGGCUGUGGUGCAGCAGAACACAAAGCCAUGUGCUGGACUUGCUGUGGCCGCAGCCCGGUGGAGUCUGUGUGUUGCACCCAUAGCUUUCAGGAGUGGCGCAGUGUUAGUGGAUGGUCUCUCCUCAGUGUGGGUGAGAGGCUGAUUUGUGGCAAUAGGAAGACUUUUAGAGUAGUAGUAUCACAGUAGUUCAUGUGCCCAUUCACAGUGCAUGGUGGUUUUAGAUGUGUUUAGAGGCACCGUCGGGGUGCUUGGAGCUGUGCAAGAAUCAAGGAAGUGAAAAGCCCCACUGUAGUGAUUUAUAGGCUAAGCUCAGUCCCAGGCUGGUUGGUGCACCUAAGGGGCAUCCAUGGAUGAGGUUCUGCUUGCCGGGUCUUGGAGAGGCCUUUGGGGGGAGGAUGGGACAGAAUUUUUGUUACAAGAGACAAAAGCAGGCACUGCAGUGACUGCAGUGAGUAUGGAAAGACAGCUGGGUACCGGCAGUCAGUGUGCUCUUGGAAAUGGACUGUUACACCAUCCCUGUCUGAGCUGUGCACUUCUCUUACCAAGCACGUUUAUACAAUGUGCAACUGCUCCGUGCCCCACUUGGUCACAAAAUGUGCUGCAUUUGGUGCAUAUGUACUGCAGGUUCCCCAGGGGGUCUCCAUUGGGCAUGCAAAGAGCAGAACCUCUCGUUCUGCUGUAUGCCCACACCUUGCUGCUCUAAGCAGCAGCUGAUUUUGUCACAGCAAAUGGAUCCUCUGCGUGUGCAGUGAAUAAAAAGACCAUUCUACCUCUGGAAAGAGCCACUGUGAUUUCUCACUCCGAAUGCAGCAAAACCCCUCCGACCCUCUCUAUGGAAGAAAGGUCACUCAGCAAAUAGUUCUCCAACGAGGUUCUCUCAGGGCCCGGAGAGCCCAACCUCAAUUCCUAUUUGGGCAUUCCCUCCUUUGGCCCUGGGAAGCUCAAUUCAUCUUUGUCAUUUUUUUUUUUUUUUUCUUUUUCCUCGGGAAAAAAACAUCCACUGCCUGCAGGGAAAGGUUUCACUGAAGUGAGGAUAUCGAGACCUGGUCCGUAGCCAUGUGAGGAGGAGAAUGCUGUAGGACAGGGCUGCCAGAGAGCCUGAUCUGCUGGAGGUCAGUGGAAAGCAGAGGCUCUUGAGACCUCAGGCCAUGCUCAGAAACAGCCGUGCUCCAGCCAGGACUGGACAUCUUUCUGGAAAUGGGUCUCAGCUGCAAAGGUUGAGUUUAAUACUGAAAAUCCUGCGUUUUGGUUUUGGCCCGUCUCUCUUCCUCAGUCCUUGGCUGCUUUAAAUUAAUCCUCUGAUAAAGCACAUCUUCUCUUAGGCGAGAUGCACCUCCUGCUGCAGGGGAUCUAAAAGCAGUUAGUAGUUCCUGAGAUCUUGGUUACAUACUCUGCACUGCCUCCUGAUUCCUUGGCAGGAAUGGGAGCACACAAGCUUAUCCACAACCCUCAGCUUGCCCCGUGCAUUUCAGCAGGCUGACAAGUGCUUGGGCAGAUCAUCUCUGGGCUCGGGGCACGUUGUUAUGUCAUUCUGCCCUUCUGGGGAGCGUCAGGUCAGGCAAUUCUCAGCGAGGCCGGUUGUUCCUCACAGCCAUAACCACCUCCUGCACUGUGCUUUACUUAAAAUAAGACCUUAACCACGCAGGACGUCAGGAAAGGGGUAAGAGCAAUUUGCUACUGACUAUGCAGCUGAAAUCUCCAAGUGAUGGAGGUGGAGGCUCUGCACACAGCUGUGAUGGAGGCGCAUCCACCUUCCUUCUUUGUAAAAUCCUGGGGAGGGAAGGAUCUGCCCCACUACAAAGCACUGUCUGCACCGACUGUGUCUUUCCUGCAGGGAAUCACUUGCACUACAGCUGAACGUCUGUCUGUUCCCAGUCUUUGUGUCUUGUCCUGAGUUUUCUUUGUGAGCUGUGGUUGGUCUCGUUCAUUAGGCUUCUAGCGUAACGUGUUUUUAGAGCAAUAAAAUGUGGCAGCUUUUUAUACCAA